UCGGCACACAACAAACAAAGGGAGAGAGAGUGAUUCUCUUGUUUUUAAAUCUUACUGUCAAUAGUAGCAGGGAGACCCAAACAAAUCAACCACAGCAAAGCGUCUUGAUUUACCAAGGGACACUGCAGCUCUAUAUAUACAGGUGCGAAAAUUGUUGAAAAACGGUGAGACGUUAAUUCAAUCAUUACUUAAUUAAAAGUAAUUAGCAAAAAGAUCUCACCUGUUACAUUUGGCUGAAUCAUGAGAUCUUAAAUGUUCAUGGCACUGUCCCCCUGCACUUUGCUGGGGAGUUGGUGGAACUCUUCCUGAAGGACUUAAUUCAAAGGUGCUCUGUGCAGUACUGACCAGGCCCAACCUUGUUUACUUUAUCAGAUCUAACAAGAGUAUUCUCUAACAUCUGCUGCUAUUUCAGGUGUGAGGCUUCCAGGAACCCAUCCCUACCCCUUCCCAGGUGCUGACCAUGGAUACCUCUGCCCAGGGUCAGCAGGAGAUCUUGUUGGCUGUCUGGACCGAUUCGAACCUGAGCCUCACUUGCCAAAAGCAUGGGAAUGCCAGAGACUGCCCAAGGUGCAAGGUGAGUGGUCACAUUGUUAGGGCCAUAUGAUGCUCAAGAUAUGGUAGGCUAAAGCCAGGAAGAAACAUUGAAUCAUUGCAUAUAAAGCUUGCACAAGCAAACUGUAAACUAAAUUUAAAUCUGCCUGCUUUGGGGCUUUUAGAAUAUCACUUAUUUGUUAAGUUGGUAACAUGUUGGGUUUCCUUAUAGAGCCGAGACAAGAAGAGACAUGGACAAUAAAAUCCCGGUUCAUCUCUUUCAUGAAGGUCCCUAUGCUGUUUUUAUUUCUAUACAUGUUUGUGUGCUCCCUGGAUGUCCUUAGCUCAGCCUUCCAGCUGGCAGGAGGCAGAGUCGCUGGAGAUAUUUUCAAGGACAACGCUAUUCUGUCUAACCCAGUUGCUGGGCUGGUGGUGGGGAUUCUGGUGACUGUUCUGGUUCAGAGCUCUAGCACAUCAACGUCUAUCAUUGUCAGCAUGGUAUCAUCGGGAUUAUUUUCAGUAGAAGCUGCCAUUCCUAUUAUCAUGGGCUCAAACAUUGGGACCUCAGUCACAAAUACCAUAGUAGCUCUAAUGCAGGCUGGAGAUAGGAAUGAAUUUAAGUGUGCGUUUGCUGGUGCCACAGUCCACGACUGCUUCAACUGGCUUUCUGUGCUGGUGCUGCUGCCCCUCGAGGUUGCCAGCGGGCUCCUGUAUCACCUCACUGUGAUUGUAGUGGAGACUUUCCAGAUCCAGAGUGGAGAGGACGCUCCUGAGCUGCUGAAGAUCAUCACUGAGCCUUUCACAAAACUCAUCAUACAACUGGACAAAUCUGUGAUAACAGGCAUCACGACUGGGGACGAGAGUCUGAGGAAUAAGAGCCUGGUGAAGGUGUGGUGCAGGACCAGCAUCUCUGUGGUAAGAGUCUCUGCAGCCACACAUAGAGCCAGCAGCUUACUUCGCAUUGGUGUGAUUAGUAUCGAACGUGCCUAUCCACUCACUCUCGGCUCCAAUAUUGGUACCACCACCACUGCCAUUCUGGCUGCCUUGGCCAGCCCGGGUGACAAGCUAGCAGCAGCUUUUCAGAUUGCUCUCUGUCAUUUCUUCUUCAACAUCUUUGGUAUCCUCCUGUGGUACCCCAUCCCUUGCACACGCUUGCCCAUCCGCAUGGCCAAGACCCUCGGGGAGCGCACCGCCAAGUACCGCUGGUUCGCAGUGCUCUACCUGAUCAUUUGUUUCCUCCUUCUGCCUUCGCUGGUUUUUGGGCUAUCCAUGGCUGGGUGGCAGGUCAUGGUGGGAGUAGGAGCUCCCUUUGCAGGGAUCUUGGUCUUCAUCGGCUUCAUCAACUGCCUUCAGACCAGAAGCCCAGACCACCUGCCAAAUAAACUGCAGAGCUGGGACUUCCUCCCCCGGUGGAUGCAUUCUCUGAAGCCAAUGGACACAUUCAUCACCAACGCCACACUGUGCUGCACAGACCAUUGCACCUCAAAGGAGAGCGACACCCAAGACUUGUGUGCAUUCCCAGAGAAGUCUCCCCAGGGGAAAGACAAGCUAGCUUAUGAGAACCCAACCAUUGCCUAUCUGGAUGAGAGCCCAACAGCCACCCCGAUGCUGACCCUCCGCGGACUGGAGAGGCAGAAAAGCACACAGCUUUAG